UCACACUCAAUAUUCACAACUAGAAGGAAAAGCAAGACUCUCCUGACUCUGCGGACUUCAAGGAUAUCAUUAUGUUGUAUUGGAUGAGUUUAAACUAGACAAGACUUCUUUCUUAAACACUUCGAGAAAGUGAGCGUGCCUGAGGGGAGAGGAACACAAGAGAGGAGAGACAAUUGAACAUCACCAUUGGCUGAGACCUGAAAAAAUGGUGCUGGAUGAACAGAGGAUUAGAACUUAAUUGUAAAAGGGAAGGGAAGUCUUGACAGGAGAUUUGCUUCAUUUUCACAUUCAUCAUGGCACAAAUUCUCUGGCUGGCUGGCUGAUGGGACUGUCCAACACUUCUGCUUAGGUUCAGUGCAGAUCCCUUCUGCUUAUACAUCGAAAGACCUGGGAACAGGUGGGAACUGGAUGGUGCCAGAUACAGGAAUGGAAAGAGAAAUGGACUCUGACAAGCUAAGAUGGAAGUGACUUGACAGCAACAAGCUCAGCAGUUGUCUCCAGUAAGGACAGGUUGAGACGGGAAUCUCAAGCUUCUCUGGAAGAGCAGUAUGCAGGAAGCUGGUUUUCAGGCCACAAAUGCUUUCACAGAGUGCAAAUUCACCUGCGCCAGUGGUAAAUGCUUGUAUCUUGGUUCACUGAUUUGUAACCAACAGAAUGACUGUGGGGAUAACAGUGAUGAAGAGAACUGCCUGCUUGUAACAGAGCAUCCACCUCCAGGCAUCUUUAGCUCUGAACUGGAGUUUGUUCAGAUCAUCAUUAUAAUCGUGGUUAUAACUGUUAUGGUGGUAGUGAUCAUCUGCUUGUUGAACCAUUACAAACUCUCAACACGCUCCUUUAUCAACCGACAGAGCCAAAGCAGAAGACAGGAGGAAACUCUGCAGACGGAGGGGUGCUUGUGGCCUUCAGAAAGCUCGGUUUCGCGCCAGGGUGCUUCAGAGAUCAUGUACGCCCCAAGGUCCAGGGACAGGUUUACCACCCCAUCUUUUAUGCAGCGGGACCGUUUCAGUCGCUUCCAGCCCACUUACCCUUACAUGCAGCAUGAGAUUGACCUUCCUCCGACCAUCUCCCUCUCGGACGGCGAGGAGCCGCCGCCGUACCAGGGCCCGUGCACCCUGCAGCUCCGGGACCCCGAGCAGCAGAUGGAGCUCAACCGGGAAUCCGUCAGGGCGCCGCCCAACCGAACCAUUUUUGAUAGCGACUUGAUAGACAUCUCUAUGUACAAUGGGGGUCCCUGCCCACCCAGCAGCAACUCGGGCAUAAGUGCAACCAACUAUAGCAGUAAUGGAAGGAUGGAAGGACCACCCCCGACGUACAGCGAGGUCAUGGGGCAUUACCCAGGCUCCUCUUUUUUCCAUCACCAGCACAGCAACAUGCCUCCUUCCUCGCAGAGGGGGAGCAGACUUCAGUUUCAGCAGAACAAUUCAGAGAGCACAAUAGUCCCCAGCAAAGGCCAGGACCGGAAGCCAGGAAACCUGGUCUAAGUUACCUGAGCAGGUGCGUUUGGACUGAAGACAGGAGACCCAAGCAGGGUGGUGGAGGAAGACCCCCGUGCACGGUGUUGUUACGUUUCACGUGGUACAACUGAGUAAAACCAAACGUGCAAACCAGUUCUUUGUUUCUGAUUCCUUUCAGGGGAAUUGCAUGCAAAGCAGAUUGAAAGAAAUACAAACUUCCAUUCAGUUUGUCUAUGAGCAGUGUUUCAGGGGAAAGGGGGGGAUAUAUUAUUUUUUUUUAAUAAACUAUUUCAAUUAUUUAAUUCUAAAAGUUAACUUAGCACAGAAAUGAGGCUUGUACAGCCUGUUUUAUACUCACUGAAUGGCAGAAGGAAGAAGGUGGUUUUGCUAGAUAAAUGGGGGAAGAAUUGGCCAGUUUGCUUUUUUUUUUCUCCCAGGGUGUGAAUUUUUUUUUAAUAUGAAACAAAAUUCCUGUUCUGUGUGCCAAGGUAUAAAGUUGAGAACUUAGAUGAAUGCAAGGAAUUAAUUUGUGUUGUGAUAAAUGUGUUUUAAAAAGUUGCACUAUCUUACUGUUUUAAAAAAAAUAUAUAUGAGGGAACUGUUUUAUGUGAAGUUCUUCUAUAUGUUGUUGUUUCACCUGUGGAAUAAUGAUAGAGCCCUAGAAGUAAUCUGGAGGAGUUUGUCCCCUCCCCCCGGGUUUGCUAAAAGAUGGGGACAGGACUUAGCCUAACAUCUCUUGACUUCUACAAUUCAAAAAAUACAGGGACACUUGACUUUGCAAUAAUUUGCAUUCAAAUAACAGUGUAUCAAUGAAGUGUCUUGGAGACUUUUGGAUGGAAGAAGGCAAAUGUGAAAUCCCAGCAUUUUCCAUCACUUAAGGUUUAGCUGUUUUGCAGUGUAGACUAUUUCUUUCAUAAAUGGCAAAACUACAAUUCCCAGAUGCGUUGAUUUGUAUUGAUUCUAAGUGCUGCCAUUCUUUUCCUUUCCAUAAUGCAGUGUCACCAGUACUUACUGCUCUAGAGAUUUUUGUCCUCACUGUAGCCUGAAAUGUAUUUAGUCACAUAUCAUGACAUUAUGCAAUAAAUCGUUUGAAAAUGCAGGGUGGGGUUUUUUCCCCUGCUCUGCUGUUCAAGUACGUGAGGCUGUUGUGGUUUUCGCUUUCCAUUUCAUCCUUUCAGGUGCUGAAGUUCAGUCCUGGAGGUCCAUCCUGUUGAAGUGAAGGGGGCCCUUGUGGCUAAACCCCCCCAUGGUGUUUUUGCAGCAGUACCAAGAGCGCUCGUGGCAGCGGUGCCAGGUCCUGCCGCAUCCCUGGCAGGGUCAUGGGAGCACCAGGAAUUCUCCCUGCAAACCAUUUUGCUCUGGGCCCUGUUGCAGAAACCCUUCUGGGUGCAUGAUGUCUGCGUGACGCCAGCAGGACUGUGCUCAUGGGUAAAGGUGACUCAUGUGUUCACCAAGUGUCUGUAAGCCCUGAUUUUUGCUAUACUGGCCUGGAGAGUAGUUGGGAAGUGUUACCUGCCUGUGUCGUGGCAUGUGGGCUGUUUCUCCACUGGCUGUUCCCUUGUGGAAGCACGCGCGGUGCCAGAACUCAGUUGACAGAAGGUGAUAGUGGCAUCACAAGCACAUGAAAAAGCACAAAUUGCACUUAAAAUGCAUUUUGGAAAUGGACUUAAAAGUAAGAAUCUUUAGAGUCUUAGCUUGAAUAGUUUCUAAUAUAUAGGUGUAUGAGGGUGUCAUAGACCUUUUCACUUUAAGAUCUUUCACUUUUUUCUGUUUUCCUGAGCCUUGUGCUUGGUUGCGGGCAGCAGCUGCUGAGUGCCCCAAGGGCACCGAUGCCCUGGUCCCAGGGCUGGAGGCUGGAUUUCUGCAGGGCUUCUGUACACGAGGGACUCUGAUAACUGAAGUGCAUCUUUGAUCUAUGCAGAGUUUUAAUGCCAAAACAGUGUGUGUGAGUGUGUGUGUGUGUGUCUGUGUGCGUGUGUCUUUUGGGCCUCAGUGUAGAUUUGUUUUCUUCAUAAGUUAAUUUGAUUUUAUUCUAGUUUAGAAAACAUUUGUAUAACUGUUAGUCUGAAUACACAGCCCCAUUUGUCUCUGUGAUUGUUGUUUUGGUCUGAGUCAUGCUGGUAAUGCAGAGUAAAGCUGCCUUUUAUUGUAUGUAUUAAUUGAAGGGAGAGAUAGAGAUUGUAUGGUGGGGUUCACUUACAUUUUUUCCUCUCAGACUCGCAGGACAGGUGUUUAGAAGAUGACUAGGUGGCUUUCAGUCAGCUGGGGCUCUCAUCACUGUCUGAUUCCUGGGAAUAAAAGCUGUGAAAUUAGAUUUUUGCAAAGAACCUACGAGCCUAAUUCUUAGUUAAAAACAACAAACAAAUAAACAAAACUGAACCAGAGGACAAAGCCAGCAAAUGUUGGUUUUGGUCUUCAGUGACUUCUGUCACUUGAGGAGUGAGCCUUUAAGCCAGAGAAUGUGUGUGCCUACACAGAUACUGUGCUGUUGCCUAAAUGAGGAUUGUUUAGCCGAGAAGCCUUCAGGUGAGAGCAGCUGGAACUCAGUUGUCAUGGCAGAGCACACCUGGACUGGGCCCUGGGCUUGGGCGGGUUGAAGACCAACUUUCCCCAUGUACAGAUCUCAGCAAAGUGAGCCUUGAAGUUGCCUUCAAAGUCGCCUCUUGGGAACUUUCUUUAAAAACAGCCCUUUGCCAUCUUUUACCCUCUCUGCAUGCCAGUGGAUUUAUGCACUUCCCAUUAACAUUGUCCAGUAUGCUGUCUCUUAAUUUUUCUUGGCUGAGAAAAAUUUUCUGCCUGGAAAAUGUAGCCUUUUCCAGUUCUUUAGAAAAGAUUUAUUUAAAAAUAACUUGGUAUUUGCUCACCUAAUAGUUGCAUCUCCUCUUGCAUCUUUGUCUUCUCAUCCUAGAAUCAUAGACCAAGCUGAGCUGGAAGGGACCUAUCAGGAACAUUGAAUCCAACUGCUGGCCCUGCACAGAACUGUCCCCAAGAGUCACACCAUGUCCUGAGAGCACUGUCCAAAUGCUUCUUGAACUCUGUCAGGCUUGGUGCUUGGGGGAGUCUGUUCCAGUGCCCAGCCACCUUCUGGGGAAAGAAUAGUUUCCUAAUACCCAACCUAAACUGCCCCUGGGACAGCUUCCAGCCAUUUCCUUGGAUCCUGUCACUGAUCAACAGGGUGAGGAGAUCAGUGCCUGCCCCUUGUCUUUUCCCCAUGAGGAAGUUGUAACUACGCUGAGGUCUCCCCUCAGUCUCCUCUGGGCUGGACAAAGAAAGUAACCUCAGCCACUCCUCAUGUGGCUUCCCCUUGGGACCCUUCUUCAUCCUCAUGGCCCUUCUUUGGACACUCUCUAAUGGCUUUAAUGUCAUGCUCUGCUUUCCCAAAUGUAAUGUGCUGACUCUCAGCUUCGGGAGUGUAGUGAUUAGUUUAUUUGCUAUAGGUGAGCUUCCAGUCUGCUUUGGGGCCUCUUUUAGCAGUAAAUGGGCUAUUUUCUGAUGGAUAUUAGUGCUCUCCAGUGGAAAGGCAGUCAACAGUGUAACAUUGAAACGCUUUGUUUUUCUAUUUUUCUUCCAUUGACUUGGUAGAGAAUCUGCUCUUGAUAACAGAACAGAAUGGUAAAAGAAAUACCUGAAUUAAAUAGCACUAUCAAUCUUUAAAGGCUUAGUGAGUGAGCUCUGAAUUGGUGAGCUCUGAAGAUAGGUAAUUCUAUGAAGCAUUUAUGGAAGACCAGCUUUGAAAAUACCCAGAAUUGAUAGACUGCAUUCCAGAGCCACUCAAUGAAACUUUGUAUAAAUUAUAAAAGAUUUCUGCAAACACUGUAGCGUUAAUUGUCUAGAUUUUGUCUCCAUACUGAUCUUCUGGCUUAUGUGUCUCAUGCAUAAAACCCAUGUAAUAUGUGUGUGGUGUUUUCUAUGUGAUGGAUCAUAUUUGCCUGAAUUCUGGUUGCAUCUUCUGACUUUGCCCAGUAACUCGUGUUCCCAAAAUUCAGUAUAGUGAUGUUCCUACUUUAGAAAUUUUCCAGUUAAAAGAUUUUUUUUCUUUUAAAUGCACCUUUAUGAAAUAAAGUUUUGUGACCUCUGUCCUACUGCAAAGACUAAUUUUUCCCUUACAUGUCUUGGCAUGGCUCUUUUCUUGAUGAUGAAUAUGCCCCAUCUUUGAUGUUUUUGUAUGAUCUUUCAGGGCUAGAAAUGCAUGGGGUUUAGCAAAGGAAAAAAAUGGUUUCUCUCCCAGUUUACCAAUGGAGCACUUGGCACUUAGCUCUAAUUCUGUACCUAUGUCUGGAACAAUUGUGGUUGGGCUCCUCGCAGUGCUGGACAGGCAGACUGAGUGAGAUGCUGCUUAAAAGGUGUGAGUGAGGGACAGGAAGAGGGGUGCCCAGCCAACAGCGCAGUGUUCAGAUCCCUUUCCUGGCAUGUGUGGCACGUGCACAAUUCACAGGAAUUUGCGUAAUAGGAUGUUUUCAUCAGGGAGGAUCUAAUAAUGCUUUUCCUGGUCUUGUCACUGAUGAACUCUGCAUGUAGGCCAGUCUUGGGCUGAUGGGACUUUAUUACAGCAUGAAUUUCCCCUGGGAGUAUGAAAACUCAAGCAUACACCCCCUGUACAAGUUCCUGAUGGCUAGUGAGGAAGAUGAUUGUGUUCCUGCAUUCAUGGAAUCUGCAGGAGCCAUGAGUUAAGCUGUGCUUCAUUUGGCCUUUUAUUACUGCUUGCCCGUUUCUUACACCAGUUUCUCCCAGCUGGAAGCUGCUUCUGUUAUGCCAAAUCCCAGAAUGUUUUUGUUGCAGAUACAUUUUUAUUAAAAAAUGUCAUUGAGAGUUCUUGUUUUUUUUCUGUGAAUGAGGUGCAGGGAAGGGUAAGGAGCAGAAUUGCAUUGUUUAUUAAGGAAUGCACUUUGCAAUGGAGAAGCAGUCCUUGUCCUGCUGAAGAGCCCUGUGUGGAGGCUGUCUGGAAGGAACAGUGCUGUCUGAGGCAGUCGUUUCUAACCCUGCCAGGUAGUGAGAUAUCAGGCCUUAGAACUGACACUCUAAUCUGUAAGGAAUGUUUGAAUGCUUUAGAGAAGAUUGAUCGCUAACCUUUCUCUGACUCUAUCCCUGAACGCUCACGGUAGCUAAGGUAACCUGAUUUUGUAGGUUAGGAAAAACAAAAUAGUAAGUUGGUAAAAAAUAGACAUAUGUCAAUAUUUUUCUUUGCCUUUUUUUUCCCCCUCUCCCCAAGGAUAAACAAUAGGCUUGCUGGCACAUUUGAAAGUAUUUAGGAUUAUUCACAGGUUCUCUCUGGUCAUUACAGUUAAGUCAUGUCCAUGCACAUACAGACCUGUGUGCAGACUUGUCCCCUUGAUUCUGUCUGUAUUAGUUUCUAUUCCGUGAUCACCUUCCAGAAGUGCUAAAUGGCUCUGUGUUGUGCUCUCAGUAACAAUGGCAGGUCAUUUGUCAAACAGCAGGAAGCCUGAGGAAUAUUUGGUUUUCAGUCUUGUAAAUGUCAUGACCUAUGUUUUUUAUCUGUAGGGAGCUUUCUUGCUGCACCUAUUCUUGCCUGUGACCUGGUGUGCUCGUGCACCUUCCAUCCAACAGCUCUCUCUCCUUCUGGGUGAGCUUUGAGAAAUCCCUGUGCUUUGGGAUAACCCUAAUGCAGAACCUUGUGUAUUGAUGUACAGGAAGGAAGUAAUACUAGUGUACCCUAAAUCUCAUAAGCAUGUUUUUUCAGACCUAGCUGAUGAUGAGAACCAAGUGAUCCUUCUGUGCAGUGGGUUCAGAUGAAGUCUGGCUUUUGGUUACAUCCUUGCUUUUUAGAUAAAGCUGUUGCACAUAAUUUAAUUACACGUCUGCUCUUUCUCUGCACUGUGUUGCCCGCUUGCCAACCAAUACAAUUACAGCUUUUCUCCUACACUAGCCCCAAAUGUGUCAAUCAUUUCAGUCCCGGGAAAGAGGCAGUCUUGCUUAGUUGUCUGAGACCUGUUGAGGCCUUCUAGAAGGUGGAAUAGUCCCUUGUGAGGAUGUGUUGAACUUCAAGAGGUUUCCCAUCCAAAAACUGGUCUGUAUGUUUCAUUAGGAAAUUCAAGUUUAAGGUUUUGAGAGUAUGCUGACUGAAAAUGUUGGCAGGAUUUUUCUUUUGUAGUUAAUAUAUUGUUUGCUAGCCUAGCCUCACUAAUCAGAGAUGUAAAUUAUCUUUUGAGCCACCUCUGAUUGCAUUUUUGGGCUGGCAAAAAGCCUCGUUGGGCACACUUGCACCAG